AUGAAAGCAAGAAGUCGAAAUACACUUAUAACAGUUAAAAAUCCAAGUGAAGAUCAAUUCAUAAACUUACCAUAUGAUGCUCAUUGUCCAUGUUCUCGUAUAUCAUUAACCUAUGGUGAAUUUAUUUCAAUUCAAACUCGAUUUCAUCAGAUAUGUUCAAGUGAUUUUAUCUCUGAUCGAUGGAUUAAAACAAUUAAUUUUGGUUCAAAUACAACGUAUUUUUCCUCUUAUGACUUUCGAACAGAAGGAAGUGCAGUAUUCCAAUCCCUUGAAAGUUUUUGUCGACUUUCAAAAGAUUAUGCUAUUCAAAGUAUUGAUUCAUUUAAUAAAGAUUUAUUUAUAAGUCAAGAAGUUUUAAAAGAAUCUUUAUUUCAAUCACAAACAAAUGUUAUUAUUCAUCAAUUUCAGUUAUCAUCACCUAUUGAAUUCACAACACAAUUAUCAUUAAUAAGAAAAAUGAUAGCCGGAAACCGUUUUCUAUCUGCUCUUCAGACUAAUUAUAUGCAAUAUUAUGCAACUCUACCUAAUAUUGAGUAUUCUCCGCCUUAUAAUAGUAUAUUAAUGGAAAUUCCUGGAAUGGUGCAUGGCUGUUUACCAGUAAAUACAAUUCUUCUCUCAACAUUAGAAUGUUUUUACAAUCAAACAUGUUUAAAUGAUAUUGUUUCAUUCUUACAUACGAAUGAAACUUUCACAGCAAUGUCACAAUUGGAACAAAGUCGUUAUGAGUUAAAUUCAACAAUACAAACUAUUAUUGAUAAUUUAAUGAUUGAAGAAUGGGUGACCGAUAUUUCUUAUAAAAAAUAUUAUAAACAAUGUGCUCCAAUUUCAUGUACUUAUUUUAAGAAUGAAAAAUAUGCUUGGAAAUUUAUACUAAUACAAUUAAUUGGUUUAUUAGGAAGCCUAACAAUGAUAUGUAGUGUUAUUAUAGAAAAUAUAGUGAAAUUCAUUCGACGACUACCAUCUCAAAAUAUAGAAUCAAUACCUUUAACAAUAAAGAUCAAAAGACUUUUGAGAAAAAAUUUAAUUGAACUAAAUAUGUUUAAAGCUAAUAGAAGUAAUCAAUAUCAAAUCAAUUAUCAAAGAAUUGCAACUCGAUUGUACUUAUUUCUUCUUCUCAUUUCGCUUAUUAUAAGUAGUUUUUAUUUAUUACUCAAUGAAGAUCUUCAAGAAAAAACAAUUCAUCAACCAUCAGAAUUUCAAUAUGAAAAACUUGAAAAAACUUAUUCUUCAAAUCUUUAUUGUCCAUGUUCAACAGUCUCAAUGAGUUAUUCAACAUUUAUUACGAUUGAAUCUUACUUUCAUCAAGUAUGUUCAAGUGAUUUAAUAUCAGAUAGAUGGAUUAAUUAUAUCAAGGGUGAUGAUAUAAUGAACGAUUAUCUUGCAAUAUUUGACUAUCAAAAUUCUGGUGUAUUUCACUUUCAGUUAUUGUCAUUAUUAUGUCAACAUGCUCAACAAACACUUAAUAUUAGUAUCAAAACAUUUCUUCAAACACAAUUUCUUUCUUCACAAGUUAUUUCUCAAAAUCGAUUUGAAGCUAAAAUUAAUUCAUCUAUUAAUGAUUGGAAAUCUCAAACUAUUGAUCAAUUUUUAGAAACAAUAAAAAUAUUUCAAGCUGUAUCACAUGGAAAUCAACUUGUUAGUGAGCUGUUUCAUUAUUAUAUUCCUCAUAUAGACUCGAAUGAUACAAAAAUAAAUCUUAAAUUAGUAGAAUAUUUCAAUUGUUCAUGUACUUUAUCUUCAUCAUGUCUUAUCCCUAUCGGUCUGUACGGUAGCGAUAUAUACUAUUUGGAGACUCCCGUAUUAUUUAUUAAAAUCCAAAAUUUUUUUCUGGGUUGUUCCCAAAUCGAAGGAUUAAUGAAAUCAACUUUAGAAUGUUUCUAUAAUCUAUCAUGUAUGAUUGAAUUCGAUAAAUAUUUUAAUAUUCCUCUUGGAUCAUCUUUUAAUUUUUCAAAUUUAAAUGAAAAUCUUAGUUCAUCGAAUGAAAUAGUGGGAUCAAUUAUCAAUAGACUUAUGAUUGAUUCUUGGACAUCAAAUAUUUCAUUUUCUUCAUAUUAUUAUAAAUGUUCUCCAGUAUCAUGUACAUAUGAAUAUAUUAGUCGAAAUGAUUUAUUCUUUAUUAUAACAACAAUUCUUGGUAUUUUUGGUGGUUUAUCUCUUGGAUUAAAACUACUGAUAUUAAUUAUUCUUCGAUUUAUUGAGAAUACAAUCAAUAAUAAUAAUAAUAAUUCUUUUAAUGGAUUUAUAAUAAUGAUAAAAAGCUUAUUUGUUUGUAAUACUGAACAACGUCUUAUUAAUCGACUUCAUUUAAUUUUUCUUUUACUAACAUUAUACUUAAUAUUUCUAUUUUCUGCUUUUAAACCAAAAACAGUUAUUGCUCAAAUAAUAAAACCAUCACUUUCAAAUUAUAAAGAUUUAUUAAAAGAUCAUUCUUAUUCUCUUCAAUGUUCUUGUUCACAAAUAUCUAUUCCAUAUGAAACAUUUCUCUAUAUUGAACCUCGUUUUCAUGAUUUAUGUUCAAGUCAAUUUAUUUCUGAUGAAUGGAUUCAUUAUAUUUAUGGCGAAGGUAAUCUUUCUCGUCGAUUUUCAUUCGAUGAUUAUCGUUAUUCAGCUCCUGGACAAUUUCUUUCACUUUCUUCACUUUGUAAACUUAGUCAAGAAAAAGUAAAUUAUACCCUUUCGCAAUUUCUGACAAGCUAUUUUAUGAAUUCUCAGCUUUUACUUGAAAAUGUUUUAAUUGAACAAAUUGAAAUAACUCUAAAUCGACUUCAAUUAACUGCAUCCAAAUCAUUUAUUAAUCUUUUUAAUUUAAUUCGUGAAAUAAUUGGUUCGAAUAUGAUUAUGAGUGGAUGGAUCACAAAUUGGGAGCUUGCUCUUGAAAAUGAAUAUUAUUUUUAUUUACCUGUACAUACAGUACCUGUAAGUUAUCAUCAAUGUAAUUGUGGAUUAUCAUUUAAAUGUACUCAACCAUCAGGAGAUAUGAUGAGUGGUUGUUAUCCACUUGAAUCUAUUCUUCAAACAAAACUUGCCUGCUUUUAUGAUCAAAAUUGUAUCGAUUCAAAUGGAAAUUUUACAAGAUUAAAUAUGUCAACAUUGGAAAAAAGUCAAUUUAAUUUAAAUUCAACAGUUGAAUUAAUUUUAAAUAAUUUAACAAUUGAAGAGUAUAAAAUUGAUUUAUCAUAUGAAAAUUAUUUUAAUCAAUGUAAACCACUAUCAUGUUCAUACUCUUAUAUUAAAACUCAUGAUGUAACUCAAACAAUAAUAUCUCUCAU